CUUCUCCUGCAGCUUCCAGCUUUGUCGGUGUCAAUGACAGCAUCGUCGUGAAACCUCCAUCUGCAAGCUUACCGUCCCGCCAUCCAUGCGAGAUGUUGACUACCCGCCUAUUUACGCCACCACCCUUCCGCUGUCUUGUGCGAGGCAUAUCAACGUUGGCCUCCAAUCCAAGCAUCAAAGUCUUCCCAAACCCGCAGACGCCAGGCACCUACCUUCUCUCCUACCUCGACACAUCGCCUCCCAACCCGUCCCUCGCAAUUGGCACCACGACCGCUGUUCCUCCCACCCCACGAUCCUUCCAAUCCAACCCUCGCUUCCUCUCCAUCCUCUACGACGUCCUUGCGAAACACGCCGCCGUGGACCCCGGGCUGAAGAGCCAAGCUCAAGCAUUUGCGUCGCCGGGCGGCUUCAGUUUUAUACAGGCGCGGAAUCAGCGGGCCUCGGGCACCGGGGCCGGCGGCGCCAGUGCCGAGGGAGGUGCCGGUGGGGCGGGGGUCGGGGGCUGGGUGCAUCUCAGCGAUUCGAGGAACCCGCCUGAUUUUGGGCGGAUCGCUUGGCCGGAGGACAUCCUCGGUAGCGUGGAGGUUGACGGUAACGGAGAGAUCCUGGGCAACUUCCAGGCCAGCGGCACGUACCGAAUCGUGACAAAUCAGGGAAUCCUUGGGUUAAGUCCAUUCUUGCAGGAGAAGUUGAUAGCACGGCUCCGUGAAGAAGAAAGAAAGACAUGAAACGGUGGACCAUGAUAAUAAAGCGCAGCCGAUGGAUGUAAGAUAUGAUGAAGACCUUGUAGCAGUACAUUCCCACCAACAGCCGAGCUUCGUGAAGGGCUAGAAGCAAUUUACCAGACACCUGCUGAGAAACAACCAUUCGCCGACGAUGAAAUGGAACGCUGCGG